GGAUUUCAGAGCACUUGCAGAGUGAGUCAAAUGAAGGGAAAAUGCUUUAACUUCGAGAAGACUCAACCUCAAACUCAAAACGGAGUUGACAGGACACCCGCGUGCUACAACGGAGUCUGAGACGCUUUUCCCACCCGGAACGAACCCCCAUUUCCGCACCGCAAAACCCAUAAAAAGGGAACAAGAAAAUAACAAAAUAACCAACAUAAUUCGAUCGCGGGGCAGGAGUUGAGUUGUCCUUGCCAUGCCCCACGCAGUCACCAUCGCGGCCCCCGGCCUUCAGGCCUUGAUCUUGUGUGGCCCUGGCAGUUCGUUCCCGACUUUCACAGCCAACCCCGAUGAAAACCCAAAAGCUCUCCUACCCAUUGCGAACAGGCCCAUGGUCUGGUAUCCGCUCGAGUUCUGCUACCGGGCAGGGAUAACAAAUAUCACCCUGGUGUGCCCGCCUUCGGCCGCCGAGGCUAUCAGCACCGCCCUAAAGACAAACCCCUUCCUGACAAGCUUACCACUUCCCCGGCCCGACCUCUUGGCCCCGAAAGGCCUGGACCAGAACACCGGGACUGCCGAGAUUCUUCGCCUUCCUGAGUUGCAAGCCGCCGUCACCUCGGAUUUUCUGGUGCUUCCCUGCGAUCUCGUCUGCGAGUUGGGCCCGGAUAAGCUGCUGCAAGCAUGGAUGGUCAAGUCGGCCAGCCUCGAGGACCUCGUUGGCGACUCCCGAUCCCGCAGCCCACGGAGUGGCGGCCUGGGUGUCUGGUAUGAGACGAAGACAGCAACGCCCAUCAAGGGGGAGGAGACCGACUUCAUGGCGACAAUACCGCUUCAUUCCACGUCCGCCCCUACCGUAAAAGGCUCCUUGUUCCCUCACAUGGCGAAGCUGGUCUACUCUAUGCCGACAGACUCUCUCAAGGAUCUACUGGAGGAAAAGAAAGGCUUUCCCGUUCGCCACGGACUCCUCCGUCAACAUCCCCGCAUCCGGAUGCUGACCACCCACCGCGAUGCCCACAUUUACAUCUUUCCGCAGUGGAUCAUGCAGUUCAUCAAGGAGAACGAUCGGCUAGAAACCAUCGGCGAGGACGUCAUCGGGUGGUGGGCCAAGGCCGGCUGGCAGAAGGGGCUUUCUGCCAAGCUGGGGUUGGGCAAGGUUCUCAGCCGACCCGGCAGCGACCGUGAAAACGGGCAUGCGAGUCCCGGAGGCGACAACCCCUCCGUGCCGAAACUCGGCCUCGACUCUCGCGCCACCGACGGACCCAACCCAAUAGUGGCCCCGGCGAAGAACGGGGAUGACAACCACUCGGACCGCGGCGACGGGAACCGUCCGGCCGGCCCGGACGACGAACCCGCCGCGGUCCCGCCCAUGCUCGCCUACAUCCACCCUUCCACCCCCGGCGCGCCCCUGAUCCGCCGCGUCGACACGGCCGAGCUCCUGCUCCAGAUCUCGCUGCAGCUCGCCAAGCUCCCCUCCGUCGAGGAGGUCGGCGCGGACGCCGCGUCGCCCUUCGCGCACGCCCGCAAGGUGGCCUACCCGGAGGGCGUCAAGCCGCGGACGACCAUCACGAAGCAGGACAGCCUGGUGGCGGACAACGUGACGGUGCAGGAGAAGGCGUCCAUCAGGGAGUGCGUGGUGGGCGCCAACUGCCAGAUCGGCGAGGGCGCCAAGCUGUCGCAGUGCCUGCUCAUGGACGGCGUCGUCGUCGGCAAGAACUGCAGGCUGACCAAGUGCAUCCUGGGGAAGCGCAGCGAGCUGGGGGAGGGGUGCGUCCUGACCGAGUGCGAGGUGCAGGAGAAUCUGCUGGUGGAGGCCAAGACCGAAGCCAAGGACGAGAAGUUCAUGUCGUCAUCUGGCCUAGAGGCGACCGAGCAGGACCUGGACGCGUUUGAGGAUGACGACGACGGGAUGGACAACGACGACGACGACAGCGAAGCCGUGUGAGACUACCUAGAUGGACUACUGCAAACGAACGUCGUCUACCUAGUCUAUUGUUAGACAAAUCUGAAACUGCAGAGUGUCCACAUCCAGCCGCUAUGUUUAGUGAGGCUGAGGCUGAGGCGCGGGGAUGCGCCUGGCUCGCUGUCGGCAGGGUUUGCUACACAUGUACAUAAGGUACCUUACAUACAACCACUGAGCGGUUGUGAGGCGUGGGGCGUUCGGUUUCC